UUGGAUCUGGGUUUUUAAGUUUGGAGUUUACAUUUUACUUUUUUUAGGUUUAGGAGUGAAUUAUGAGGUUUUGUGGUGCUAAAGAUGGGUUUUUGGAAAAGCCCAAGAGUUAAAGAUUGCAUCUUGGCUUUGUGAAUAAUCAAACAGACUGUUGGUGAUGAAAAAAAUUAGAUAUAUGAUGAUAGUUUACUCUGUUGCUGAUUGCUAACUUUUUUUUUGUCUUUGUCAUCUGAUCUGUGGAAGGUUAUAGCAUAUACUUUAUCCAAGAUGACAGUUUGGGUUGUAGAUGUUUGAUUUUAUCGAUUAAAAUACCUUAAAUUAGUGUGAUACUGAGAUAAAACCAGGAUUCAGUCUAUGUGAAGCUGAGGUCCUCUUAAAUUGAGAUGGGUGACACCGACAAAAACGGAACAAACUAUGGAGAAUACACAUAUGCAAACUUGGAAAGAGAACUAUACUGGCCAUCCGAAAAACUACGCAUCUCCAUCACUGGAGCUGGAGGGUUCAUCGCAUCUCACAUUGCAAGGCGUUUAAAGAGCGAGGGCCACUACAUUAUUGCUUCUGACUGGAAAAAGAAUGAGCACAUGCCUGAGGACAUGUUUUGCCAUGAGUUCCACCUUGUUGAUUUAAGGGUCAUGGACAAUUGCCUCAAGGUCACCAAGGGAGCAGAUCAUGUUUUCAAUCUUGCUGCUGAUAUGGGAGGAAUGGGGUUUAUACAAUCGAACCAUUCUGUUAUUAUGUAUAAUAAUACGAUGAUCAGUUUCAAUAUGCUUGAAGCGGGGAGAAUUAAUGGUGUCAAAAGGUUCUUCUAUGCAUCCAGUGCUUGUAUUUACCCUGAAUUUAAGCAGUUGGAAACUAAUGUGAGCCUGAAGGAGUCCGAUGCAUGGCCUGCUGAGCCUCAAGAUGCUUAUGGACUUGAAAAGCUCGCAACUGAAGAGCUUUGCAAGCAUUACACAAAGGAUUUUGGCAUUGAGUGUAGGAUUGGAAGGUUUCACAAUAUUUAUGGUCCCUUUGGAACGUGGAAAGGUGGAAGGGAGAAAGCACCUGCAGCUUUUUGCAGGAAGACUCUUACCGCUACCGACAAGUUUGAGAUGUGGGGAGAUGGACUGCAAACCCGUUCCUUUACUUUCAUCGAUGAAUGUGUUGAAGGUGUGCUCAGGCUGACCAAGUCGGAUUUCCGGGAGCCAGUGAACAUUGGUAGUGAUGAAAUGGUAAGCAUGAACGAAAUGGCGGAGAUAGUUCUGAGUUUUGAGGACAAGAAGCUUCCCAUCCACCACAUUCCAGGUCCAGAGGGCGUUCGUGGUCGCAACUCUGACAAUACUCUCAUCAAGGAGAAGCUGGGUUGGGCUCCCACAAUGAAGCUGAAGGAUGGGCUGAGGAUUACGUACUUCUGGAUUAAGGAUCAAAUCGAGAAGGAGAAAACUCAGGGCGUUGACCUCUCUGUUUAUGGUUCAUCCAAAGUUGUUGGAACUCAGGCACCAGUGCAGUUGGGUUCUCUUCGUGCUGCUGAUGGGAAGGAAUGAAGAUAAUGGAAUUGUUAUAUGUUUUAUCGAUUCAGAAGCUGAUGUUGGUGAAGGAGGCAGAGAAAGUUAUGG